AAAAAUAAAUAUGAUACAGUAAAUCUACAAAUGAAUUACUCCCUUAAUUUCGUUAUUUGUUGAAUUAGGAGUAGAUCUUAAAAUUGAAGCAGUUAUAAAACUCAAAAGUGAUACUCCGUAAUAUGCAGAGUGUUUCCUUUUGUUAAAGCCAGCCAUUCUUAUUUCUUCAUCAUUUCCCCCUCUGCUUUUCCAAACUCUCUGUCUCUCUCAUGGCGGAGGAACCCAUCAACCAUCUCAAGACUACAAUCAUCAAAGCUUCCAUCCACUGCCAAGGCUGCAAAAGAAAAGUCCACAAAAUUCUCUCUCAAAUCCAAGGAGUGGAGCAUGUAGACAUCGACGCGCAGCAACACAAAGUGACGGUGAAGGGCAACGUCGACGCCGACGCCUUGAUCAGAAAAUUGAUCAAAUCCGGCAAAAACGCCCAGCUAUGGCCACAAGAAGAAAUUAUUCCUACAAUUGGAAACAAGAAAGAGAUGAAAACAGAAGAAAAAAACGACGCCGUAGAAGCGCCUCCCGCUUCCGGCAAUAAAGGUAAAACCACCGAAACCGCAGGUGACGGCGGAGGAGGAGAUGUCAAAAAAGCAAGCGCCGGCGCCGACGUAAAAAGGUCAGAGGAUGAGGAGAGCUGCUCGGCCGCGCCGGAGAAAAGCGACGGUGUGGCUUCUGCGAAAAAGAAGAAGAAGAAGAAGAGAGUGCAAAUUGACGGAGGAUUGGAGAAUCCGGUGCCAGCGAGCAAUGAGAGUCCCACGCCUACACCGUGUCAUGAUCAAUUUCCUCCGCCUGUAUGCGCGGUGAGCUACAAUACGGCGUAUCCUAGUAGCAGCUACACGGCGUCGUACUACACUGCGCCUCCACCGCAUGCGCACGCGUAUAUGCACCAGAUGGAGCCGCCGCCGUUGGAUUCUGAGAUGAAUCAACGGCAGCCGUUGGAUUCUUUUGAAAUGUUUAGCGAUGAAAAUCCAAAUGGAUGCUUUAUUAUGUGACUCAGAUAUAUUGACCUCUGUAGUAUGUUAUGUAUAAGACUUUUUGACUUUCAAAUAUGCAUGUACAAUUAUUUUACUUUC